CCUGCGAAUGCCAUCCGAUCGGUUCUUCUGGCAAAACUUGCAACAACACCUCUGGCCAAUGUCCCUGCAAGGAUGGUGUGACCGGUCUCACCUGCAAUCGCUGCGCGCGUGGCUAUCAACAGAGUCGUUCACACAUUGCGCCAUGCAUCAAAAUUCCUGCUCGUAAAGCGAAUAUGUUGGAUACACAGAAUACUGCACCUGAACCCGAUCCACACGAUUCCAAUGCACCUUAUCGCACUGAAGGUGGGAGGG